AUGUUUUCCAGCAGUGGACGAUUGCUGAAACGGUUGGCCGUGCUGGACUUUGAUCAUACGGUGUGCGAACACAACACGGACGUCGUGGUGCGCGACUUGCUAGGUCCCGGAGGCGUACCUGAGGAUGUGCAGAGCAUUUUACGUUCUUGUGGUUGGAUUCCGUACAUGCAGCGUAUAUUCCGACUGUUACACCAGAAUGGGUUCACUCCGAUGGACAUCGCUUCGGCCAUACGGGGCAUACCGGAGGUGCCGGGCAUGAAGGCAUGCAUCGGCAACCUAGUUCGACAUGGAUUCGACGUGAUCAUUAUCAGUGAUUCCAACUCGGAGUUUAUUCGUCUGUGGAAUGACUACAACGAUAUCGGUUCGAACAUUCAUACGAUCUUCACCAAUCCGGCGCGGUUCGAUGACAACGGGCUGCUAGAACUGCGCCCGUUCCACUACCAGACGGAGUGCACACUCAGUUCUAAGAACUUAUGCAAAGGAAAGAUCCUUACUGACUUUCUGCGACGCCAGCACGACGACCGGCAGAUAGAGUACGAGAAGGUGUUUUACGCGGGCGAUGGCAAAAACGAUGUCUGUCCGAUGCUGCGCCUUGGUAGCAACGGUUACGCUUGUGCGCGGCGCGGAUUUUCCUGCCACGGUGCGCUGCAGAGUGCUAUCGGCAAGCAGGAGCACCCGUACCUCGCUAAGGUGCUGCAAUGGACCAACGGUCAUGAGCUGAACGACCUCAUAUGGACUGAACUAGAGGACUGAUUUUUUGUGUAUUUUCGUUACGUUUUGCGCCAUUCGAAUGCUAUUGCAUGCAUAGGG